AUGUUGGUAGCUAAUAGUUUCGAUCUAUGGCGGAAGGAUACUUUCUUCUCUGCAGCGGAGGAGGUGCAGGAAUCAGCUGAUAUAAUGGAAUCAGCAUAUAGAGCAUGGUUAAGAGAGAGGAGAGAAAGGUCGAAUACUGCGGAUUUAAAUGAAUUAUGCAGGGAGCUUCAAACUGCUUUAGGUACGGCUAAAUGGCAGUUGGAAGAAUUUGAGAAAGCUGUCAGGCUAAGCUACCGACAUCUUGGUGAUGACAAUAGAGCCACUAGGCACAGGCAGUUUAUUUCUGCCAUGGAAAGUCAAAUUUCCCAGGUUGAAGUAACUCUGAGGGAGUUUUAUAUUGAGGAAGGUAAACAACCCCUUCGGUGGGUAAAUCUUGGUGAAGAAGAGCGAGACGAUUUUGCCGCGUUUUUAUCUGGAACCUGUGAGGCGUUCCAAAGCAGUAAAGAUGAAUGCAUGGAUAUUUCUCCUUCAACAAAAAUCUCACUUGUGCAGAAACAAGUCAACAAAGAAGAUAAAAUUGUAAAUGCUAAUGUAAAUGCUUUUUGCAGCUGGGAUAGUUCUACAAAUGAAAAGGCGUCUAUGGAUGUUAUUGCUUUUAACAAGGGAAGAGAUUAUGCAAUAGAAAUAAAAGCAGAUGAGCAGAGGAAUGAACUCACACGGACCAUUGAUGCCAACCCUAAAGAUAAAGGAAUAAAACCUCUCUUUUGGAAACAGAAAUUUGAAGAAUAUCCUCAGGCCAUGCGAGCAGUUCAUAUGUUCAAUCAGCUUUUUGGUCGCAUUGGUUUAUGCCAAAGAAAGCUUCAAAGUCCCUUGCGUUUGCGACGCGGCCAUUCUCUUAAAGUUACACUUGCUCUAAUGAUUAUCAUUUUUCUCCUUGUUCCCUUUGUAUUUUAUUCAACAUGA